GGAAGAACGGCUUUCGAGAAACGGAGCAUUUUCGACUCCAACUUCUUUUUGGCGCGUUUAAUAGUGAGGUCUCGCGCUUCUUUUGCGGAAGGUGCCCUUGACCAGUAAACUGGGUCCGUUGGGUCAACCUUGGUCUUUCUCAGAGGUAUUCCAGGGCGCCCUAGGAGAACCGGUCAUCCCCUUCGAAGUCGCAGAGCGAUACUCGCAAUCGGUUUUUGGCGUGCUCGAAUCAAAGCCAACAUGUCUUCUCAAACCCCCCGCACGUCCCUUCGAGAGGGCUUGCGGCAGGCUCCCAAGGCCAAUCAACCAUUCAUUCCCGAUACUGCUCCGGUUCGGCGCUCACAUCACAACUCAAAUCAAUCGCCUCAGCCAAGCUCGAUGUCACAAACGCAUUCUAAUUCCCCCGCGCCCAACUCAAACAAUUCACACUUACCCACGGAGGGCUGGGACGGCAAAGAGCAGAAAGUACCUAUGAACACACGCGAAGUAGCAACGCCAGGCAACAGGCCGGGCCUCUUUCUCACCGUGCCGGGCAAGGUGGCUAAACAACCUGAUUUCUAUGACCCUUAUUUUCCCCUCAGAUACCUCGAGGUUCCCAAGUCGGACCAUAUCUAUAAGCGCGCCCACUACGGCCUGCAAUCUGGUAUAUCAGAUGAGGUCGAUUUCGCUCUAUACCAUCUUGUUCAGAUUUCCAACCAGCGCUGGGACAAAUUUAAGUUCGAGGGUUUCCCUUUGCUGGCUGAAACUCUGAUGGAGAAGGCCAUUGAUGUCUCCAUAAUAUGCACGGGCGUAAAAUGGGAACUCCAGUAUGAAUACCGCUAUCCUAUGGAGCGCGUUAAUGUCCUCAACUCGCUACACGGAACGCGCGAUUUGCUCGAGAGGAUCAAGAGAAUUCCCGUCACUCUGCCUAAUGACACCCUCGAAACGUACGAGUUCAACCACCGUCUACGGAAUGUGAAAGAAGCUACCCUGGUUCUCCGGAAUAUGGUUCUACUCCCCGAUAACGCUUUCUAUGUCUCACGCUAUGCGAAGGGACUUUUGAGGGACUUCUUGGUCAUCCUGCUCAACCUUCCCAACCAACCUCGCCUCAAUGAAAUCAAGAACGAUGCGUUAGACAUCGCGGAAGAGGUUACCAAGUUCUUGAGGACCGACCCAGAAGAUCCGCUUUGGAUCUCCCUCCUUCAAUGCCUCGAGUCCCCAGAUCGUGCCCACGUCGUUCGGGCGCUCUGGGCGCUUACCCAUUUCUCCACUGAAAUUAACGAUUCCGAGGGUAACCAAGCACUGGAACGCAUGCCAAAACAAGCUCUGCAACAAAUGUACUUCCACACUCUUCUGGACUUAGACAAGGACAUCCUAAGCGGAGCGCUGGACUUUUGGUACCAGUACACGCUUUCGCGUGAGAACAUCGAGACCAUGCUUGACAUCUUCGACUUCCCAAGUGUGUUCGUUCCGCGGAUGAUCGCCCUACUGACACACGAGGCGCGUCCAAGCAAGAAAGAGACAGUUCUCCAGGAAGAGAAAGUCGCACCGCCGCCAUCCGAGAUCCCUCGUGUGCCGGCAGAGCUACUGAAAGAUCUAAUGGAGCUACAAGAGCCAGAGCGUAGCUCACGCUGGUUGCGUUGUUGCUUCGUUGAGGAUGCAGAGUGCGAAAUCACCCAAAUAGCCCUGUGGCAGGCAUACCAGAGUCGAUUCGCAGACCCCCGGGUACCGGGCGGUGGUGUCCUCCCGGCCGCCGAAUUCAUCAAGAACGUCAGCACGACAUUCACAAAUGCGCAAGCGCAGGUCAUCAACGGGCCUGGCGCGGCGACUCGCUUCAUCAUCAAGGGCAUCCGUCCGCUAGAAACAGCCUACACCUUCCAGGGAUUCCCCUACCAAUACUGCAAAUGGGCAGAUAACUCGAAGCCCUCCAAAACCUGCCAGCGCGCUUUCACCACCCCCACCGACCUGCGCAACCAUGUUUUCGCCGACCACAUGGAGCUCAAGCCCACGGACACACCGGGCCACUACAACCUGGACAAUGCCGAAUCCCCGGUCCACACGUGCCUCUGGGACAACUGCACCCGGUUCCGCUCAUCCGGGCCCAGCAACAACACCGCCAUGGUAGCCGGCCAUGUGGCAUCACACCUGCCCGAAGAGCGCCCUGCCGAUGCAGAGCCCCCAGUCUCCAAGCGCGCUGUACUUCAAGAGCGGAUCGUCCGCAAAUGGUUCUACAUGGAUACACCAGUCAAUGAGAGAGGCGAACCCUUCGGUGUAGCCUACAAGGCGGCGUUGGUCCUGCGCAACAUCGCCAGGAACCUACCGACCGGCAUGGCUCAGAAAUACAAUGGGCUCUCGUGGAAGAAAGCCGUAUUCCUCAGUCAUCGGCCGAAGAUCGUGGAAACGUGGGACCGUAAUCGGUCGCUGCGUAAGGAACUCACUGAGUUGAUUAUGAUAAUAGAGAAAGAGGAUUACUAUUGAAAAUGAAUGCGUGAUAUGGGGCAGCGAGCAGCGAGCCUCGAGCAACGAACGAACUUUCAUGUUAUCAUCAUCAUUAUCAUCAUCUUCAUCUGGCUAUCUAUUGCAUUUGCUGA